UGCAUUUAGAUAUAAAAUUUUAGUUAGAAUUUUUUUAAAAAAUGUUUAUUUUAUCAAGAUUAUUGAUUGGUUAUGGUUAAAAUAAAUUAAAAUGGAACUACAUUUUCUUGGUACUGGCUCUGCUUACCCAUCUCCAAAUCGAAGUUCAUCAUGUUUAGCUUUACGGCAUAAUGGAGAUAUUUGGGUAUUUGAUUGUGGAGAAGGUAGUCAAAUUCAAUUUCAAAAAAGUAAGCUUAGAAGUAGUCGAAUAAGUAAAAUUUUUAUUACUCAUUUACAUGGAGAUCAUUUGUUUGGUUUGCCUGGUCUACUUUGCACCAUUGGGUUCAACCAAAAUGAUACAAUUGAUCAUGUUGACAUAUAUGGUCCAAUUGGUUUAAAAAACUUUGUUCGUGCUUCCUUAUUAUUGUCCUGUUCAUUGCUUAGUUUUAGUUAUUCUGUCCAUGAAAUAAUGAUCCCAUCUUUUCAAGGUGUCUCUAAUAAUUUUGAUUCCAAAGUUUUAAUUCCAGACAUUUCAAAGGUGGAACUGCCAUUGCACCCAAAUGAGACAAAAGGGAAAGAAAUUCAAUUUGAAUAUGAUGGAUAUUUUGAUGUAUGCCAGACAACAUUUUUGACUGUAAUAGCUGUUCCCCUCAAACAUUCAAUACCAUGUAUUGGUUAUGUCUUAAAAGAAAAGGAUCUCCCAGGAAAGCUUAAUACUUUAUUUUUAAAUUCAAAAGGUGUUCCAGCUGGGCCAUUAUUUGGAAAAUUAAAAAUGGGAGAACCUGUAACAUUAGCUAAUGGAGAUAUUAUUCUUCCAGAGCAAUGCUUGGGACCUGCAAAAAAAGGAAGAAAAAUAGUUAUAUUAGGAGAUACAUGUAAUAGUGAUGAAAUAAUACCUUUUGCUAUUGAUGCAGAUAUACUUGUUCAUGAAGCGACAAAUGAAAAUGCAGAUGAAAAAAAAUCUGUUGAACAUGGUCAUUCGACAGCAGGUAUGGCCGGUCGUUUUGCAGCUCUUGUCCGUGCUCGGACUUUAAUUAUAACUCAUUUUAGUCAACGUUACAAAACGAUAAGCGAUGAGUCUGAAAACGAUAGCAUCCAAAAGUUAAAAAAAGAAGCUGAAGAAAACUUUAAUGGCCAAGUAAUAGCUGCAGACGAUUUACUUUUUAUUCCAGUUUUAUUUUGUGACUCAUAGCACGUUUAUAUAGCGAUAUCUAAUAACCUUGAUUUUAA